AUGAGUGUAGGAAAUGUGCCAUAUGAGAGUAUGAAAGUCAGGAUUGUAGAACAGGAAAAGAGGAUAAAGAAUAGCGUUAGAUAUAAGAGAAAGCAAGAUUUUGAAGAGGCAACAAUGAAUGUUGGGUAUUUGGUGAGCGAGUGUAAAAAAGAUAGGGAUAUUAAGUGUUACAGGUGUGGGCAGGUAGGGCACAUAGCUAGUGGAUGUCGGGGUACCAGUAUGAAUGUGGUUUGUGGCAACUGCAGGAAGAACAGGCAUUAUGCUAGGAAGUGUAAGGAGCCGCGUGCGAAGUGUGUUGAAUGUGGAAUGGAGGGUCACUUGGAGAGUCUGUGUAGGCGUAAGAGGAUGAGUCAGGCUGGGAAUUCAGGAAACUAG